CACACGCUCCUGCCCUCCCUUAUUUUCUCCCUCAGUCGUUCUCUCUCUCUUCUCGCUCGUCCCGUGCCUCUGCAGUGGUUCAUUCUCUCCUGCGCCGGCUGCCGACACACACGGCACCCCUCCUCUCCACCCCUCCUCUGUCCACUCAUCCCAGCAUGCGGCACCUAAUCAGGGGUAAGACCGACAGCCUCUGCCCUGGACUUGAAGAGGAGCUCUACGGCUGCUGCUAAAUAAAUGCAGCGUUUUCUGCGUCUGCACACACACUGAGUGACACAGACCGUCAGCGAGCCACUGCCGGCAAGUGCGAGCCACAAAUCACGAGAAAAACGACGGAGGAGGUGCUCCCUCACUGGGACACACUGCAGAGGAGACCAGCAGGCACUCUUUGGAGACAAUUUUGGUGUGUUUUGAUUUUGGAACACCCCUCCCUCACACCCAUCCCACCCAGGACACAUAUUCACCCAGCCAGCAACCAGACGGUCAAGUGGUCAAGUGAGCAGACAUGGAGUUGCAACAAGGUAGAAGAUCAUCCCAGCACAGGUGUGCGAGGUCCGGGGACACAUUACAUGCAGGUCUGGUCGUCACACUUUUGAUCGGAGUGUGGUAUGCCCAGGCGUUGGAGGUGACUACAGGAAAAGUUCAUUUCGUGGAGGUUUUGAAUGGAAGUUCAGUCCUCCUACCCUGCACUUACUCAAGUUGCAUUGGGAUUAAAAAUCUUUAUUUUAACUGGCAGUUUAAAGACAACGGAACAAUGGUUAAGCUUUGUGAGGCAACCAUCACAUCUGAAGGGGUGGAACCUCGCGUCAUGAUCUAUCAUAUGCGGGUUGAGUUUGUUGGCUCCAGUAAGCAAAACAACAUUUCUAUCCUGCUGCACAACGUCACUUUUGAGGACCAGGGAGAAUACAUCUGCUUCGCCCGUAACUAUAAGGAAAAGGACCGCAACCACAGCGCCACCUACACUCUUUAUGUAGUAGAAGAACUGAAAGUGGUGGACAACACGCUGACGCUCAUCAUUGUGUCCGUGUUGGGGGGCGUCAUAGGUCUGAUCAUCCUCAUCAUGGUGAUAAAAGCUGUAGUCCAGACUGUUCUCAGCAAGGUCCAGGAAAAGAAUAAAGAGUGCCUUGUGAGCUCUACAGGGAACGACAACACGGAAAAUGGCCUACCUGCUUCCAAAGCAGACAGCAAACCGACACCAAAGGCAUGAGGAUAAGAAUGUAUGUGUACAUAUAUGAGCACACGUGUAUAUGUAUACAUGCAUACGUACAUAUAACAGAUUGAAAGGAAGUCAUAACAACGGACAGUUUUAUUCUCUCUAUCUUAUAAAAAAAAUGCUACAUAUAUAAAAUAUAUUUUAGAUUGUGCUUGAGGAAACAUAUAAGAUGCCGGCUGGAUCAUACAACCUCUGCUAGAAAAAAAAUGAUUGAUGGUACAGUGGUGUGCCUCCAUUCUGCUCUAACUUAUCUACAUACGCACACUGCCUUGUUCACAAACUGCCAAUCCGUUUAAUGCUUGACAGCACAAAAUCCACGUCACGUAAUGUUUGCGCGAACUUUUCCAGUGCAACUUUACACACCUUCACAGUGCAUUCCAAACGUUCCCGUUAGCGACGAUACAAAUGCCUUUGCGGAAGAAUAACAGACGCGCAAACAAAGAAAACAAUUUUCACGUAAACCACGGGUGCCUCUCGGAAUUAGAAUAUGUUUACCACAAACCCAAGCAGCUAACAGACUCAGAUUAUUAACCAGUCCUACUAAAGAAAAUAAAGAGCAGGAUGUGAGAGCACUGGAAGGCCAAAAACAUUCUCGGCACAACUAUAUAGGCGCACUGGAAGAGCUUGGUAGCAUAUAUUGUUGUGGUGAUAACCUUUGUACUUAAGGGGGCAACAGAGGUACCAUUAAAUGUCUACUAUAAUUACACUGGAAGUGUCAUAUUGAUCAACAGCUAAAAGAUGGUUUCUCUGCCAUCAUGUUAACUGAUUAAAGCAAAACUGUAUGUAGAAGUUGAGCGUUUACAUUAAAACCUGCCAUAUUUGAAAAUGCGGUGCAUGCUUUUGCUAUGCAUUGCAUUUUGGUACAUUUUAAAAUGAAAUUGGUUUGUAAGCAUUUGCAUGUGUUUACGUGGGGAAUGUUUCAGGCCUAGGAUGAAUGUUUUAAGGACUUUCCAGAAAUGCAGAUAAGGGGUAUAUAUACAUGAUCCAGCCCGGCACUGUAUAGUUUUCUUUUUAUUUGAAUUUUAUGUUCUGCUUUAGAUGAAACACAGGUGCCUGUAAACGCUUCAAGCUCCACAUGCUUCCCGGGAGCCUUCAAACGCUAUAGAAAUAACUUAAACAAUGCUCACAUAAGAUGCAAAAAUACAAAAAAAAGACAAAAAAUAUAAAGACAAUCCCCAAAAAGCAACUCCCUGUAGAAAAUGAAUGAUCUUCCAAUGCUGCUUUUACCAAUAACCAAUAACUUUCUUAAAUGCAUGUAAACAAUUUUAUACAUCUAGUGUAUGUUUCCAUUUCUCCAAACUGUGUUUUCCUGUCUCUCCAGACGUAAAUAAUCCAUCAGUGCUUGUUGUACGUGGUUGUAUGCCACCCGUGCUAGAAUGUCUUGUACAUGUCUAACAUACAGUCUUGACAUGUGCCACUGUAAUAAACUGGUAAAGCUUGCCAUUCAAAUGCCACAAAGCACCAAACAAAUGCGUUUAAUUUAAGCAUUACUGCCCUAUUGUGAAUUUUGCCUUUGGCAUUUGAAUAGCAAGCUACCUUUGUGAGCUUAACUGCACUUGAAAAACAAAACAAUUAUCCUCACAAAUUAUUCAUCCAAUCAUCUACUAUACAGAUAAAACAUAUUUCUGUGACAAAAUGUAAAAGUAAUGAAUUUAAAUAGCCCUUUGAAUGGCUAGUUAACGUCUCUGCUUAACAGCAAAUAACAGCCUAAACAAGCGUAUAGUGGUCUAGUGGUCUAAAAUGGCCACCAAGUCAGUCAGAUAGUUUGUUUGUUGAAUGAUUCAAGAGGGGUUUGAGAAGGGAUAUUAGGAUGGGAACACAACCUGUUAAAACCAAUUAACUUGGCAUAUAUGGCAAAUAAAUAUAUGUUAAAAUAUAUUUUUAAAUAUAUUUCAAAAUAUACAAAAAAUGGCCAACAUAUAUAUUUGCUGCAAUAUAUUUUUUGGCCAUUUUUUGUAUAGACCGUUUCAGCAGUAACAACAUAAACAAGCGGCUGUCGCGGUCCGCACAUAACUUCCGGUAAACUCCGCUAAGAAUAAAUAACAACAAAGUUCUUUAAACGUAGUUUAUUUAUAUAACAAGCAAAAAAACAACACAUAGAUUACCUACACUGUAAAAAAUACUUUGCUGCCUUAAAAUUUUUUGUUGAAUCAACUCAGAUUUACAAGUCAUUUCAACUUACUAUUAUUUAUCUUGACUAGAGAUGAGUUGUUAUAACUACAGGUGAGUUGUUAAAACUAAUAAAUUUAAGUUGACUUUUCUCAACUAUAUUUUAUAAGUUGUGACAACUAAUUUCUGUUGACAUGACUCGUAAAUCUGAGUUGAUUUAACAAAAAAUUUUAAGGCAGCAAAGUUUUUUUUACAGUGAACCAAAACAUUUGUUAUUUUCGACGAGGCAUUCGUUCAAGAGAUCAGUUUAGUAACUAGUCAAACCGGAAGUAAGGUUAGGAUCCAGACGUGUAUCACAUGCGUCCGAUGAAACCGUCUAUAUUUUGAAAUAUAAAUGCAUUAGUAAAUACAUUGUAAAUUUCCUUUUUACAUUUUUAGUCCUUCAUAUAUUUCAAUCCAAGGAAAUAUAUUCACAUCGCAUUGGAAGAAAAAAAUUGUUUAUGUUACGAAUUUUCAACUUCAAAAAAUUCUUUAUAAAAUUAACUUGUAUUUAGCAUAUAUUUAAAUUAUAUAUGGGAUGUAAAUUAGAAAUGUAUUUGCUUGCUCUUAAAAUACAUUUUAAAAUAUAUAUUGAUAUAUGAUGGUUAAAACUAAAUAUAUUUCCAAAUUCAAAAAUAUAUUCAAUUGAGCAUUACAUCCUACAAAAUGUAUUUGGAAUAUAUUAAAAAUAUAUUUUUGGCCAGAGAAAUGUAUUUUUUUUUUGCCAUAUGGGUAUAGCGUGGUUAAAACUGUUGACCUUUUUAGCAGGGCUAUAACUAGCAUUAGCAUAAACCUCUCAAAUCCCAAGACAUAUGGUUAGCUUGUUGCUACUGUAAUACUAGGAGAUCGACUACAGGAACUGUUUUGUUUAUCAAAAAAAAAAUUUAAAAUCUUGCAUUAUUUAGGAUUCAAGGGCCAAAACAAAAUGGCUAGUGGAAGAUAAAUGAUUCAUUGUGGCAUAUUUUGUGUGUUUGUUGUUGUUAAAGCCAUUAAGUGCAGCUCGCAUUCAAAUCCAUGUUGACUUAUCAUGUAAAUGUAAAUGCAACGUCAUAACAUGAAAUGAAUGUCACUUUGCCGCAAAAAUGCAACGAAACCCUCACUAGUCUUCCCGCCAUAACCCAAAGAUGAAUGUACGCGGAGGCUGUAGUUAUGGCAUAGCAAAGAGGGGUGUUGUUUCUGGGCACUUUAUUUAUGUACAUCAACAUAACAGUGUUUAGAUUGCUCAUUGUAAUUUUAGAGCGAAAAGCGAUGUUGAAUUUGUGCAGUUGAAUGCCUGCUGUGGUGAUGCUGAGAUGUGGAAUAUGUGAUAUCAUAUAUAGAUGAACAGAAAUAGUUAAUAAGCUUGAAUGGCUGUAUCUCUAAUAUCUGCACAUAUAUAGAAGUCUUCCAAUACACUUGACCCUCUCAACAGUUUGGGGUGCUAGGCAGAGCAGUAUGAAAUAUUUCAUUCGUGUCGCCAGUCACACUUUAAGUACUUUAAGAAGGUCAUCAUGUCAUUCACUUAAAUCACUAAAGGGAUAGUUCACCCAAAAGUGAAAAUUCUGUCAUCAUUUACUUUUUCUUUAACACAACUGCACCUAUAUUGACUUCCAUUUUUAUUCCUAUAUCUAACUAUACCUUAAGAAAUUGAUUAUAACUUAUAAUGAAAAUUUUAUUAUAGUUUAUGACACUUCAUGUUAAUAAAUGACCUAUGGCUGUCACUAUUCACUAUUUCUUACAUAGUUCACAUAUAUAGUCCACUUUAAUUCAGUAGUAGUGAAUUAAGACACCAAGCACCAGAAGCAUUGUGUCCAGAUGCGGGAUUUAAUUUGGCACGCACCUCACAAGUGUGAAUCAUUUGUACACUCGUUAUUGGGGUGCGUUAUGGUAAGAAAAUAUUAUAAAUAUUAUAAUAAAAAUUAAAAUAUAAUUUUGGACAUUACACAAAAUAGCCCUUCCCUUAAAAGUGACAUAUAAUAAAAAUCUGACAUUUUCCAUGUUUAAGUGCUAUAAUUGGGUCUCUUCUAUCAACCUAGAAAAUGUGAAAAAGAUCAACCCAGUAACUUAGUUUUGGUCAACCAUUCCCUGCAAGCUUGUGAAAAAAUAGGUCAUUGAAAUUUGUCUCCCCUUGUGAAGUCAGAAGGGGAUAAUACCGCCCCUUAAUCUGCACUAUCCAACCAUGGCACUGCCAUUUAGUGCAGAGAUCAACUCAUUGGCAUUUAACAGGCACAUUUUUGCUCACACAUACAAAGAAGCAAUUUUAGCAUGCUAUAAUGAAUAUUUACAUAGUAUUUUGAGCUAAAACUUCACAUAUGGGGACACCAAAGGUUAAUUUGACAUCUUAAAAAAUCUUGUGAAAUGUCCCCUUUAAAUAGUACACUAUUUAUUUAAAUUAAGGCAUCAUUUUCAUCUAGGACCAGGAUAAGCCCUGUCCGGAAAAAACACCCCUUGAAGUUUUUACUGUUGUGUUCCAAUGAACAAAUAACAAAGCAGGUUUUUGAGCAAUAUGUGGGUAUGACAGAAUUUUCAUUUUUCGGGUUUCUUUAAAUAGCAUGUUUGAUUUGGAGAAAAGUUUUAUGCUGCUCUCAGUGCACUGUUUAAACGUACUGUCGGUCAUGUGGUUAGUGUCCUAAUAGUUGUUGAGAGUCCAGCUGUUGUCAUCUGUGUGGAGGUGAUACUGAUCACUUCCUCUCUCUUUUUUGUCUCUCUAAUAUACACAGUGGUUAGUCAGUUUCUAUGAGAUCUCCCUUGGCCUUUUAAAUUCAUUUAUGGGUGAAUGUUUUAACAUGUGCUACUUGCAGCUUGUUGCCUUUUGUCAUUUGCAGUUAGCGUUUAUAGAUUAACCAAUGCAUAAACUGAGAUUAUGUAGAACAGCAAUACUGUAAAAAGAAAGGAAAAAAGUGGCUAUGGGCCUAAAGAAUGAACUGAUGUAUGCAAAAAAGGCAACUUGAACAGAUCUUUUGUGCGAUUUGAUUAUUUAGCUUCUUUGUACUAUAGUUUUUAAAUGCUGAUUCAUUUUUUUUGUGACUUCAUACGCAUAGAUCUUAUUUCUCAUAAAUACUUUGUUUUAAAUAUUAAAUAUAUACUGAUGAGGUUUGUAGCUGUAUAGCAAUCUAGAUGUGUUUAAAUCUGAUGACUAUGUCUGCAGGAACGGAUGAGAUUAAUAAGCAAAAUCUAGGAUUGGCUAGUAAUGUCUAAGCAUGCAGGUUGCAUCUGCAGUGCAUUAUAUAUCUAAAUAGUGAUGCACUAAUGCAUCUGCGGGCUUCUGCUGUGUUGUUCUCUGAGUUUGUGCACUUAAAGGAAAACAGCAGGGAGAUUUAAAGAGAUACGUCUCAUUUAACAAACAGGAAAACCAUAUCAACUCCACUGUCUCCAACUUAUUGCAAUGCAUGCUACAUACAUAUUUAAAGCUAGUAGCCUAAAUACUUACAGCUGCAUUUUAAAGCAGGCUUGAUCUUGGUUGAAAAAGAAGUAUUUAUAAGGAAUACUUUAUGUGUGCUUUAUAUGCACAGUCUUUUGUCUGUAUUUUGAGGUGAGAACUUGCUGUACUGGUGAAAAGACAAAACCUUGCACUCUUUUAAAAAUCUUGUACUAUGUUCAUUUGAGAGUUUGGCUCUCUUCGAUUUGAUGGUUUGUGUUUAGGCAUAGAUUGUGAUUUUUUAAGUGUUGGUUCAGAAAAUAUGACUCUAAACUGGAUUUCACUGCCUGGGUGACUGAAUCAUUCUCACUGCCAAACUAAAAGAGCAGAGGUGGGCAAACUACAGCCUGCGGGCCACAUAAAACAAGGGCCAUAUAGGGCCUGCAAGGCAGUUUAUUUGUCUGUAGAAAAUUAGGUCAAAUCAACAUAUAUAUGUCUUUUUAACUUAACAGAUUAAGUUAAACAUGUCAACUUGUUUUUAUUAGUCAUUUCAAUUUAUCUUUCAAAACUAAGUUGUAUUAACUUCAUGUUGCAUUUUUUUGUUUUUUUCAUUUUAAAGUAUUAAAUAUUCUAGUAGUUGAGGAUUUUCUCCAUAAUGAAUAAUUUAAUGCAAUAUAAACAAAAUCCUGUAUUCCCUAUAUUCAGAUUUUCACGUUGGUGGAUAUACUGUAAACUUAUAGUUAUAUACAUUAGCAAUGCACUUCAUUUAAACCUUUAUUUAAGGUAAAAAGUGCAAAAAUAAAGGAUUACCUUUAUUUAAAAAAAAAUAAUCAUGGUUUAACUAUAGUAAGCAUAGUUUUUUUUACAUCUAUAGUUACAACAAAUUUACUGUGGUUCCGCCAUAAUAGUCUACCACCAUGGUAUUUGUUGUAAAACUUUGGUAAUACAAAUGGUAAUCAACCUGCCAAAAACAUGGUUACUAUAUGUUUACUAUAAAUAAACCGUGGUUAAUUUUCCUACGGCUAGUAGUGGUAAAUAUGUCUCACAAUGAAAUUGCAUUGAAAGUUAUUUUUCCAGUAUUGUACAUUAUACAUCUAAUUUCAUAUUUGUUGUAUAUGAAGGGUGGAGAUGCAGGAAUUUGUGUUUUUUUAUGUAAAAAAGUGUUCUAGGUAGAGAUGAUACAAGGAACUGCAUGUCCAGUUAUAGAUACAGUACAACAAAUGACUGUCAGUUUGUGAUAAAUUAAAAUCCCUAAUUUGUCAUGCACAUAGUAACCCAUCACUUCACAAAAAUUGGAUGUGGCCCUCGAGUUUGCCCACCCCUGCAAUAGAGUGUGAGCAUUGCUAUCUGCUCUAUCAACACAUUCCAGGACUCUCUGUCUCCCUCUGGUGGAUUUAAACACUAACAACAAUUUUAAAAAGAUCAAGUAUUCCAGUCACACUGGCUAUGUUCAGAAUAGUUUACAGGACAUAUUACACAAUAUAAUGUCUGGUAUUCUUUUAUAAAAUAGUGAUCAGAACUGAAUCCAUAAACAAGUUGAAAAUAGAAGGUCGAGUCGAGAGAAUUCCAUUGCUUUGUUUUCUGUGCUGUAUUGUGUACAUAUAGCAAAUGUAGUACAGUAGGCCAUCUGGGAAUUUCAUGAAUAGUGUACAAAUAGCAUGAGUAGUAUGGUAGCCUAAUAUUUGCUAUUCUGAAUAUAGCCAUUGUCAGGAACAAAUGUAGUUUUAGUACUCUUUGUACACUAAAUAGACUAGUCAAUUUUAGGACAUUUUAAUCUUAUAAGUAAAACAAGACAACAGUUUAAAGGGUAAAUAUUUUUUCAAAGCUUAAACAGAUGCCCUGCUUUACCACCCAUCAGUGCACCCAGGACAAAGUUCCCUAUUUUUGAUUCACUUCCUUAUUUUGUUGUUUUUGUGAAAGGUCAACAUAGCAAAUGAUUGAAUAACGGGCAACCUGCUAGAUUUUGAUCACUGGCUCUGACGGGCACUUUAAAAGCGUACAAGCACACAUCAUGCACUCAGAAAAAAAAAGGAAGGAAAAUGAACAUGUAUGUACAGCUUUUGUCUUUAAAUUUCCCUUUGUACCAAUGUCUGUCAUAUUCAUUUCUCAUUGACUAUGCACCUCAGUAGAUUUCUCUGAUUGUAUAGAAUAAACUAAUAAACUAAUGAAUAUAUCAAAAACAACACUAUAUGAAAUAAAGGUUUGCAUAAAAAUA